AUGACGAGGCUCCUCUGCGAGUCAGGGACCGUGUUUAUGGACGGUACCUUCAAGGUAGUCCCACAGUUGUUCACGCAACUGUACACAUUACACUGCUUCUAUAAAGGGCAGAUGUUUCCGAUGGUGUUUUUCCUCCUCCCCGAUAAAUCGAAAGACACCUACUGCAGGAUGUUCCGGCUUCUCAAGGAUUACGCCGCUUCGAACGGCCUGAUUUUCGCUCCGCGAUUUUUCCAGCUAGACUUCGAGGUCGCAGCUCUUCGCGCCAUUCAGCACGAGUUCCCGUUGUCAGGGAUAAAAGGAUGCAACUUCCACUACAAUCAAUGUCUGUGGAGGAAAGUGCAAGCAUCCGGUCUCGUGCCCUACUACUCCGAUCCCUUGGUGAAGAGACUCAUCCGUUCGUGCUCAGCGUUGAGUCUGGUGCCUCUGGACAGAAUGGAUGACGCAUGGUUAGCCAUCGACGCGGAUUCCCCGCCGACUGAUCAUCCUGCGUACGAAAGAGUAGAAACUUUCAAAGACUACUUCAUCCAGACUUGGCUCGAGAAUCCCGAUGUGUUUCCACGUAGUAUGUGGAACCACUUCGGGAAUUUCGGCGCCCGUACGACCAACCAUGUCGAAGCCUGGCAUAGCGCCUUGAGUCGCACGGUUCGAAAAGACCACGUCAACAUUUUCGAGCUCAUCAACUUCUUGAAGAAACAAGAAGACAAGGGGGAAGCCGACAGACUCUUGCUCCGAGCUGGGCAACCCCCACCGAAGCUCUCCACGAAGUACAAAGUUUUGAACGAUCGGUUGAUCCGACUUACAGGAGAAUUGGAGACGGGUGUGAAAACGCUGAUCGAAUACAUUCACAGCGUCGGUUAUAACUUAAACAACAACUGA